AUGUCUGAGAAUAGUGAGUUUGAAGACAAUAUUGCAAUGGGCUGCAUCGCUGCGAUAUCGGUCUUCGGACUGAUUAGCAAUGGCUUGUCCUUUUAUUUAACACGUACAAGAUCACGUUUCCGUAAUGCAUUUGGAAUUUUAUGCAGUAGCUUUCUAAUCUGUAAUUUGCAAGCUAUAAUUGUUCUUCUCACGUGGUGUACCAUUGUUCUAAGUCUGAAGUCUCCAAUAUUAUCGUCACCAGAACUGUUUUCCGUACGAUUAGUUGGUGUUAUUUUGAACGGAGCAUGGUUUGGGUCGAUUCUUAUGCAUUUUUUAACAGCCAUCAAUAGAUUCUUUGCUUUCGUUUAUGCGACAAGGUACAAUCAGUUAUGGUCAGAAACGAGGACUUUCAAAAUUGCGAUCAUCUUUUGGACAAUCUCAAUGGUCUACUGCACCCAUCAUUUGUACGAAAAUUGUUCGCUUCUAUUUAAUUAUGGCUCGAAGUAUCGUUGGUUACAUCACACUUCUUACCAUGGUCAGAUAUGUGCCAGAAUUGAUGCUAUAGUAUCAGUAGCUCUGAUAGUAGCAAUGGCAUGCACUGAUUUUAUUACCUUACUCAAAAUAAUUGCAUAUCACAGAACAAUGCGAAGAAAUACGACAGAGUCAACAACUGUUAGUGUUAUUAAUGAAAAAGAAGUAUUGUUCUUCAAACAGGUAAUAAUGAGAAAUUGA